UAUAAAAACACAACCCGUCAGGGGCAAGCCGCAUAAAAGUUUUCUGAGAAAAUGCGGAAAAUGUGUCAUCUGUAGCUGUCAACAUCUGUCUGGGCCAUGCCAGUACCUUUUCAUCGCUCGUUUGCAGUGAUUUAAAGACUUUUGCUACACGAUUUGAUACUUUAAGCUCCACUUUCUAUCCCAAUUUUUGGGUAACCCCGAACCUCGUGUUGAAAAAGAGUACACACAAGAAGUUGUGUUUUCACACAUCCGUGUUGUGUCAUUCGAGUUUGUUUAGCUCAGAAUACUCCGGCACUGACUUAUGACACAGUUUAACGUUUCCAGCGGUUGUCACGUUUCAAGAUUAGCGAUUCCGGCCAUCCAUAUGUGAAUGAACCAGCAUUAUGUCGACAAGAUUAGACAGACUGUUCCUCCUUCUUGAUACUGGCUCCACAUCGCUAAUCAGAAAGUCAGCAGCUCAACAACUCGGGGAAGUUCAGAAACUGCAUCCAUACGAACUGAAUAAUCUCCUGUCUAAGGUUCAUGGCUACCUGCGAAGUCCGAGCUGGGAGACAAGGAUUGCCGCAGGACAAGCAGUGGAAGCUAUUGCUCAAAAUGUCCCAAAGUGGGAGGCCAAACUAAUCCCUAAACAAGAACUUAUUACAGACCCUAGCUGUUCUCAGUCUCCAGCACAACUUUUAUUUGCUCAAUUUGAUCUCAACAAAGUCCUUAAUUAUGGUGCAUCCUUAGUUGGGUCGGAGGAAAACAUGUAUGCAGUCGAUAACAGUGCAAAUCAGCUGACUGACAAGGAUCAGUUGACUAGACAGAGGCAGAUGUUGAACAAGAGACUCGGCCUGGAUGUUGCAGGAAACCUCGGACUGGGUAUCGACUCUGAUAUCUUCACUGAUGAUGACCUCAUUAUUGGUAUCAAGUCCAGCAACGGUGUCAACAAAGAAGACCAGAAAUCCGUGUCUGACAUUGUGAAACAACAGUUGCUGCUGGUGACGGGAGGAAUGAGUGCUCGGGAGAAAAAUCGAGUUAAGAGGAAGGCCAAGAUAUUGGCUAAACAGCGAUCGAAGGAAUGUCAGAGUGAACAAAUGACCUUGGAAACAGAGCCGCCCUGUAAAAAGGCAAAGUCUAGGAAUGACCUUGACUUCGGCAGUGAUGGGAAGCUUGUAGUGGAAAGUUCAACAGAUAACACUUUAAAUAUGGAGGAGGUUGAGGAGUGGCCCUUUGAGACAUUCUGUGAGCUCCUGAUGAAUGACCUUUUUCAGAGUACCUGGGAAAGUCGUCAUGGCGCUGCCACAGGAUUACGAGAAGUGAUCAAACUUCACGGUCAGUCUGCCGGGAUGUCUGUUGACACACCUGCUGAUCAGGUGAAGACCAUAAACCAGGUGUGGCUAUCAGACCUGGCCCUCAGGUUGGUGUGUGUGAUCGCCCUCGACAGAUUUGGGGACUAUGUAUCAGAUGAGGUGGUUGCUCCAGUGAGAGAGACAUGUGCUCAGACCCUUGGGGUGGUGGUGCGGUGCCUUGAGCCCUGGGGGGUGGAAGGUGUUGUCAACAUUCUGCUUCAGCUUCUGGCCCAGAGGCAGUGGGAGGUGCGACAUGGUGGAUUGCUAGGCUUUAAGUACCUGCUGGCUAUCAGAAAGGAUAUGACUGACAAACUGUUGCCAGCCACCCUACCCUGUCUGUUCCAAGGUCUACAAGAUGUCAGUGAUGAUGUCCGGGCUGUGGCAGCGGCUGCUCUCAUUCCUGUAGCCGACAGUGUUGUGUCACUUCUACCUGGUCAGGUUCCUCUGAUUGUGGCCAGUCUGUGGCAGACGUUACUCGACUUGGACGACUUGACAUCCUCCACCAACAGCAUUAUGACACUCCUGUCAACGAUUAUGUCUCAUCCAAAGGCCUCUGUACUAGACUGGUUGACGACACCUUUAACUGAGCUUGUCCCCAGACUCUGGCCAUUCCUGCGACACAACAUAGCAUCUGUACGGAAAUCCGCUCUCCAAACCUUCAGCACCCUCCUUGACAUAGAAAGUAUUCAGCACCCUACCAAUGUCUGGCUCCCCCUAAUCCUCCAGGACGCACUUCGUCAUCUCAUACAGCGCAGCCUUCUCGAGGAGCGACAGGAUGUACUCGUCAUGGUCGGUCAAGUUUGGUCAAAACUACUGUCCAAGGCACCAAUAGAUCAUCUCAUCACCAUGGCUACCCCCUGGCUUGGUGUCUGGCUUUCUCUGUGUAUGCAGCCUUCGAAGGUUCCUUUUGAGCCAGAUUACCUAAUCCAAGCAAAACAUCGUGGAAGGUUGGACGUUGGACGACAGCAAGUAAGUGGUGGAGUGGAGAAGGAGCAACAGGACUAUAUCGCUAGUACACACACACUCAACUGUGAUGUUCAUGAACGUGAUGCUGCAGUAAUCAAAGCAAGGAUGCAUACAUCAAGAUUACUCGGUGUACUGUGUAGUUACAUUACAAGAGAUGUACCAAACUUUCCAUCUGAGGCCGAGAAGCCUGUAAACUCCUUGUGUAAACUCUUCCUUUUCCACAUGAACAACAAGUCGGCUAUACAACGUUUUGUUGUUGGUCAAGUUCUAUACUACUGGGCAUCUGUACAACAGAACUGCUCAUGUACACCUGAAACCAGAUCUAAGCUUCUGGAGUGCCUUAACGAAGCCAUUUACUUUGACGAGAUCGCUGCUUCUUUUACUCGCAUGCAGUCUGACUGUCAGAACUUCAUAGCUGGGCUCAAACAACAGGGCAUAGACAUGGAUCCCAUCAUCCCUCCUGGGAGCAUCCUGUCUGUGGAACAAGCCUCAGCACUAACCACUACUGUAUAUGACCAGGUCAAAGUCACCCUCAAACCAAACUCUCUACAGACGUUUGAGGAUCGUAGAAAACAACUGCACUGCAUUGUAGAACAGACAACACAAGAACUUCAAAUUCUCACUGUCAGGGUACAAGUUAGCCUUGCUAAAGCCGUUGUGAUGUUGGACGUCCUGCCUGAUAAACUCAACCCUGUGGUCCGGCCACUGAUGGAUUGUAUCAAAAAGGAGAGCAACACUAGCAUACAGAGAGAGGCUGGAGACUGUUUAUUGUUCCUCAUCCAGAAAUGUGUAGACAGAAAUCCAACUCCCAACAAUAAAGUAGUGAAGAACUUAUGUGGGUUCCUGUGUGGCGAUCCCUGUUACACACCAAAGGUCCUCGCGCCUGCUCCGCCCACCUCAGAAACUAUGCCAUCAUAUGAGGUUCCUUGCAGUAAACACUCGGGAAUCCUUACACUGACCAAACAGCAAAGAGUCCCAGAUACAGGAAGGAAGUGGUUAAGACGUACUCCCAGUAUCAAAGUAGAUAUCGACAUCCCUGCUGACAUCACUCAGGAAAAUGCUGAGAUCCAACGCCAGUUGAAUAUCCAGAGGCGGGGCGCUGACAUUUCACUUAAUGUUGUCACUUGCCAGUUAGGAGACAAAUUACCUCAUUUUGUUCCCCAGUUCUGGAAAACUCUCUCUCAACCACUCAGUCAGGUACCCUCAGGUGAAGAUGGUGAGUGGACAUUGGAUGGAGCUGAAGAAAUUGUUCACAGUUUACAGGUGCUAGAGUGUGUUUGUGCCUCCUUGGAUUCGACUCUUGUCUCACAGAUCAUACAAAAAUUGCCAAACCUGCUGACGUGUCUGAGGUGCCCCUACACAGCUGUGAGACACAUGGCCGCACGGUGUAUCGGUACCCUUUCCAGAGUCUUAACUGCUGACCUGAUGACAUUUUGUUUUGAAAAUGUCAUUCCAUUGCUUGGAGCCUCAGACAAAGAGCCACACAGGCAGGGAGCCAUAGAAGCCUUGGCACAUGUUGUAGAUCAAAUGGGUGUGGAUCUGCUUCCCUACAUCGUACUACUGGUUGUCCCGAUCCUCGGCAGAAUGAGUGACCAGAAUGAUGCUGUCCGUCUCCUCGCCACCAACAGCUUUGCUUCCUUGAUUCGUCUCUUACCACUAGAGGCCAGUAUCCCAGACCCACCGGAAAUGAAUCCUAGACUAGCAGCCCGAAAAGAAGAACAGCGCAAAUUUUUAGAACAACUUAUGGACGGAUCCAAAAUAGAAUGCUACAAAGUGUGUGUACCUGUAGACGCUGACCUCCGUAAAUAUCAACAGGAUGGUGUAAACUGGCUGGCCUUUCUAAAUAAAUACUCCCUACAUGGCAUUCUAUGUGACGACAUGGGCCUGGGCAAAACGCUACAGUCGAUCUGUAUCCUAGCCAGCGACCACUACCUCCGCGAUCAGAAAUACCAGAAAAACAAGAUCCCAGAUUGUGCCCCACUACCAUCAAUAGUGAUAUGUCCACCAACUCUGAUUGGUCACUGGGUUUACGAAGUUCAGAAGUUCUUGGACCAGCAGUAUUUAUAUCCUCUGAUGUAUGCUGGGCCGCCUAGUGAACGAGUCAGACUUCAGAAGAGAGUGAAGAAACACAACCUGAUCGUAGCCUCGUAUGAUGUAGUUCGCAAUGACAUUGAGUUUUUCAGUACCAUCAGUUGGAACUAUUGUAUCCUAGAUGAAGGCCAUAUCAUUAAAAACGGUAAAACAAAGUUGUCCAAGGCGGUCAAGCUGCUGAACUGUAACCAUCGUCUAGUGUUGACCGGAACUCCUAUCCAGAACAAUGUCCUUGACCUCUGGUCACUGUUUGACUUCCUAAUGCCAGGAUUCCUUGGGACAGAAAAACAGUUUCAGGCCAGAUAUGGCAAACCCAUCCUCCAGAGCCGUGAUGCUAAAAGUACCUCAAAGGAACAGGAAGCAGGAGCUUUAGCGAUGGAAUCCCUGCAUCGUCAGGUUUUACCGUUCAUCCUACGACGACUCAAGGAGGACGUCCUUCAGGACCUACCUCCUAAAAUCAUACAGGACUACUACUGUGAUCUUAGUCUCUUACAGAUGGAGCUGUAUGAAGAUUUUGCAAAGUCCCAGGCUAAGAAGGGUGUUGAGGACAUGGUGACAUCCCUGAAGGUCGAAUCUCCCGAGAAGAAAGUUGCCAGUAAGGGCAGCACACAUGUAUUUCAGGCAUUACAGUACCUACGUAAAGUUUGUAAUCAUCCGUCACUUGUGCUGACUCCAGCCCACCCCAAGUAUGAACAGAUAACAUCACAGCUCAAGAAACAGAACUCCAAUCUCAGGGAUAUACAGCAUGCUCCAAAACUAAACGCACUCAAACAACUACUGUUGGAUUGUGGGAUCGGAGUCGACCAAUCAAUGCCUGCCCCUGGUCAACAAGUAACCAGUAACAUGCCAGUUGUCAAUCAACAUAGGGUGCUACUCUUCUGCCAACUCAAGGGCAUGCUGGAUAUUGUGGAGAAAGACCUGUUCAAAACACACAUGCCUGGUGUCACAUAUCUCCGACUAGAUGGAAGCAUUCCUGCAGGAUCACGACAUAACAUCGUCAACAGAUUCAACAACGAUCCAUCGAUAGACAUCCUUCUGCUUACCACACACGUCGGUGGUCUUGGCCUGAAUCUGACUGGUGCUGACACUGUGAUAUUUGUGGAACAUGACUGGAACCCAAUGAAGGACCUACAGGCAAUGGACAGGGCACACAGGAUUGGACAGAAGAAAGUUGUAAAUGUUUAUCGUUUGGUUACUCGAGGAACACUAGAGGAAAAGAUCAUGGGAUUGCAGAAGUUCAAAAUGACCAUUGCCAACACUGUGAUCAGCCAGGAGAAUUCAAGUCUGCAGACCAUGGGUACAGACCAGUUGUUAGACCUCUUUUCAUUGGAUGACGAGAAGAAGGGUCAAAGUUCAGCAGGUUCCAACCAAUCAGAAUCUAGCUCUUCCAAAAAAGAAACAGUUUCUUCCAUGUUGGAGAAUCUGGGUGAUCUUUGGGAUGAGGGUCAAUACGACUCCGAAUAUGACAUGACAAACUUCCUCAAUUCCUUAGGCACGUGAGAAAUGCUGACAUCACUCACAAAUACAGACUGCUACAGAGACCGGCACAGAGAUUGGUUCAUGCAAAGUGCCUCAGAGGUGGUUCAGAGAUUGGUUCAGAGGGACUUCUGCAUAUAAAUAAAAACCCUUGAUUGCCCAAAUCAAGCAUUACUUCAUG